GCGUGAGGACACGACGGCGGUCACACGCACUCACAGCAGCCUCAUUUAUCUCAAUGAUCGGGUCUCUCAACCCCCGCUGCAAAGCACAGGCGAGAGUUCUCAGGGGGUACAAGGAUGUCAGCCAGAAGGCUUGACCCUCCGUUUGUUCGGGUCUGGAGAAUGUGAGCCCCCGCUGGAAGAUCGCACGCGGGGGCGAGUCCGCAAUCUUUUGGUCGAUCUCAGAGAUCGGUGCCCCCGUCGGAAUUACGUGCUCAGGGGCAAGACCAAGCAAGCAAGCUGCGUGGGAGGAGAGACUCGCACGCGAGCCGGGUCAGGCAUGUAGGCUCGCGGAUGACAAUAGAGACAAUUGUGCGUUCGUGCGAGGGCCGCGGUCGAGGUCGCUGCGCGGGGAUAGCGAGAAGUUGAGGCUAUGCAGGAGGCGGGGGAUUGAAGGCCGCUCAUCGCGGUCGUGAGCCAUCGAUGUCGCGCUGCGCAGUGCGGGCGCAAUGCAGGCGCAAUGCAAAGACGCCAGCACCUAGAGCAGUUUUGUUUGCAGGGAUGUCGCGUCAUGUCCCGUGAGUUGAAAAUGAAUCAACGCACGGGCUGCUCGGCAGGAAAGGAGGCGACACGCGACGAAGGGAUGCGGGGAGGGUGGGGGUACGAGAGAAAGAGAGAACAAGGCGCCGUGUUAGACGCGCUCGGAGGGCGCAGGAACCGUGUCUGGAACGUUCCCACGAUCCUCCUGCCGAACAGUCCCUGGGGCGAAGUCGCGCAGCGUCCCACCGCGUCCCACCUCGACGAACGAUGCAUGAUUCUCCACCUCGUCAAACGCACGGGCCAGCCGGAGAUAAGGUCAACCCUUUCUCACGUGGUUUACACUCGGGGCCCCGCCGCGCUCCCCGCUCAGCGACGAGCCGCCUCUGGUGCAGCCGGGGCCGGAAUAUGGAUGGGACAGCCUGGCGCCCCUCGAAGCGGAGCCAGAGCGGAGUCGCUCCGUGUGCCCGCCGCGCAGCCAUUUCGAGCGAGACGCCUUCCCCCGCAUUCCCCGCCGACGUCAUUUUCCGCCCCGCUUUGCGCGUCGGUUUUCACAUGCCAGGCCGUUCCGUCUCGCCCUGCCAGGCCCCUGCGCUCCAUCGCCUUGGAUGCCGACGGGCACGAGCUGAGCAGGACAUGAUGCACUUAAGGAUUAUCGGCUGAAAGGGCAAAGUCGCCUGGCCCUCCGUUUUCACGUUCUUUUCCCUUCUCGUUCCGUCUUUGACUCAAGACCGGUCGGGUUCGAUAUCCUACGCCUGCUCCCCUCUCCACCCUUCGUCUCUCUCGCCGGUCCCGGCUCUCUGCUUGCCAUCCGCGUUGCAUCUGGAAUCACUCGUCGCGAAAAGACGCUCGUCUAUCAGCGUGUAAACUACAUCGAACAUGUCGAGAUCGAGAGACAAGAAGCCUGUGGGCUUUGGUACCCACAUCACCGCGGGAGGCAUCGCAGGCGCGAUGGAGGCGCUCUGCUGUCAACCCCUCGACACCAUCAAAGUGCGCAUGCAGCUCUCGCGUUCAGGACGCGCACCAGGCACAAAAGCGCGCGGCUUCAUCGCGACGGGAGCGCACAUCGUGCAGCGCGAGACCGCGCUCGCGCUCUACAAGGGCCUCGGCGCGGUAUUAACCGGUAUCGUCCCCAAGAUGGCGAUCCGCUUCGCGUCGUUCGAGACGUACAAGGGUUGGCUGGCGAACAAAGAGACGGGCGUGACGAGCGUGGGGAGCAUCUUCCUCGCGGGCCUUGGUGCGGGCACGACAGAAGCCGUGCUGGUCGUGACCCCGAUGGAGGUUGUCAAGAUCCGGCUGCAGGCACAGAUGCACUCGCUCGCGGACCCGCUCGAAGCGCCACGGUAUCGCAACGCAGGGCAUGCAGUGUACACCAUCGUCCGUGAAGAGGGCGUGCGCACGCUCUACCGCGGGG